CUUCUAUUUAAAGACUGCCCUGAGUCAGGAGAAGCGAGAGCUGCUGGGGAUGACAGUUGCUUCAGGCAACCCUGGGGAGGACAGGGUCGAGGGUAAAAAUCACCGGCAAGGGCCUGAGCUGGGAAGGAUAUGGAGCGGAACCGCAGUGCCGAGUGCGACAGGGCAUCUGAGACCUCCUCCUUCAUAGGGGAUGAAGAAGAGGGAGAAGAAGAGGAGGAGGAGGAAGAAGAAGAAGAAGAAGAGGAGGAGGAGGAGGAAGAAUCCGUGGACCCAGAGGAAGCUGAGGAGCUGACUAACAGUUUAAAAGAUGUUAUCCAAAGCGAAGAUGUGAAACCCAAGCUGCAGUACAUCAUGACUAACCCUUCCUUUUCUAUGGUAACAGUUCAAAGUGAAGACAGCGGGAUAACCUGGGAAACCAGCUCGAGCAGGUGUUCUACUCCCUGGGCCUCAGAAACUAGUACAACUUCUGAUCUUUACAGCAUGGAAAGUUCACCCGUAGGUUCCCCUCCAGGAAAAGUUAUCUUUAUUAUGGAUGAAGGUAAGAUUGUCCGGAAAAGGAAGCACAAACCUUCAAAUAGGGCGCCAAUAGCUAUGAGCCUGAAAGGAGGCCAGGGCAAUAAAAAACGUGACUCUUCUGGAGUGCAGAGGCAAGAACCAAGAACUGUUCUAGGAGAUGUACAGGCCUCAGUGCUGAAUGUUGAGCAGGUGGAAGCACAAGAUACAGAUGAGGAAAUGGAUGGCAAAGAAGAUGCAGAGGACGUCGUAGAAGAGCCGGUAAAACGUGCUCCAAUAAGAUCAAUAUUUAGAGAGAAUAGACUGAGGAAAGUAGGGCCAAUCCUUGGAGGGCCAGUACAAGCUAGAAUCCAGCUGUUCAACUCAAUUUUUGGAGGGACUGCGCCAGACACUGAGGCAUUGGAGAAAACCAGGAUCCAGAGAAGCAGCUCGGUUUCAGGAGAUUCUGAACAGUUCCUUGAAACAUCAGUAAAAGAAAGAUUGCAGAAGUUCCGUUCAUUUUCAGAAGCAAAACAUCUUAAACCUUUUCAGAGAAUAAGAAGCAGAAAUCUUGAAACACCAUCGGAGAGAAGAAGGGAGCAAAGACAACAACCCACAGCACGUGCAAAUCAAAGCUAUUCUUCACCAACAAUGCCUCUUGAAAAGCGGCUUACUGCUAAAGAUGAUAUUUCACCUGAAAAUAUUAAACCCACUGAAACGAAAGAUAAACCAAGCAGAUUUUCAAGCUUUGGUGGACAAAAAACUCUUCAACAUGAAGAAAGAAGAGACUCACACAAGUCUGGAGAGAGAGACUUGCUGAAGUCCUGCCCUCCUGAAGAAGCCAGGAAGCCGCAAGAUCAUUCACCUGUGGCCAAAAUACCACAGCAAACAACUUCCAUUUCAUUACAGCCUGAUGAUAAAUCAGAGAAACAAGUGCCUCUUCCCUCAGCUGAAAAUGUGAACAAGAAACCAGACCAAUCCCUGCUAAAAUCAUCAGAUCAUCUGGAUGAACCAGAUCAUCUGGAGGAACUUCAGCCCAGUUCUGCACCACAGUCUGUUUCAGACAAUUCUGUGGAUGAAUUAGAUAGGCAAAGUACUCAGCAUAUUUUGCCUGCAGCAUCUGUGUCAGACCAUCCUGAGUGGGAAGCACAGAAGUCAGCAGCUGAGUCUCACUUACCUAGUACUCCAUCAGCUAAAUCCAAAUAUUCCACUCUAUCUGAAACAAGACAGGAGGAUGUUAUUCAUCAGUCACCAGAAACUGCACAAUCUGAGCCUGAACAAGGGUUAUUACCACAUUCUGAAGAUGAAACAGAGAAGAAAGAAACUGAGUAUCCUUCAGCAACAACUGCACUGUCAGAAACAAAGCCUUCAGGUCUACUGUAUUCUGCUAAAAAGAAAGAGGAUCGAAAGAUCCCACCACUGGAAACCCAAAAUGUCCACAUAGAGAAGCAGAUGAAGUCUGAGCAAGACUUUUUAUCCUCUCUUCAGAAAACAGAGGAGGAAAGAAUCAAACUAAAACCACCUAUUCCUGAAAAGAUAGAUUCUAAAUAUUUUGGCAUUUCAUAUCCUGUUCACACAGAAACAGAAGAAACUCAGAAAACUCCAGCUAUAAAUAAAGCAUUAGAUUUGGAUCGCCCUGAUUUUUCCACUGAAAAAACCAAACAAGCAGAGAAUGUGCAAAUGGAGAUGAAGCAUCCAGAUUUCUCAUAUUUCAGCAAAAAAACUGGGGAAUCAGAGAGAACACAGAUGGAGACAGAACAUCCAGACUUCUCUUUUCCCAAGAAGGAAACAGCAGAAUUGGAGAGUGUGCAGAUGGAGGUGGAGCAUCCAGACUUUUCUUUUUCCAGGGAAGAAAUGGAGAAGUCGGAAAGUACACAACUCGAGACAGAGCACCCAGAUUUCUCAUAUUCCAGAGAAGAAACAGUGGAAUCAGAGAGUUCACAGCUGGAGAUGGAGCGUCCAGACUUCUCUUUUUCCAGGGAAGAAAUAGAGGAUUUGGAAAAGGUACAGCUGGAGACAGAACACUCAGAUUUUUCAUAUUCCAGCAAAGAAAUUGCAGAAUCAGAAAGCGGACAAUUGAAGAUGGGGCACCCAGAUUUCCCAUAUUCUAGAGAAGAAAUGGAAGAAUUGGAGAAUGCACAGGUAGAGAUGGAUCAUCCAGACUUUUCUUUUUCCAGGGAAGAAGUGGAAAAAUCAGAAAGUGCACAUAUAGAAAUGAAACACCAGGAGUUUUUAUUUUCUGGGGGAGAAACAGAAAAAGAAAAAUCUGUUCCUUUUGAACUGGAACAGCCAGAGGCUUAUUCACUUGAAGAAGCAGAGCAAGAAGAAUCAGCACAGCUCGCACAGGUAUCUUCAGAUUUAUCAUGUUUGAUGGGAGAAGCAGAGAAAGAAAACACUACAGAAAUCCAGCUGGUACAUCCAGAUAUAUUUGAUUCCACCAGAAAAGCUGAGACACAGAAAACUGGGUAUAUGGAUACAACACAUUUGGAUUUACCAUAUCCCAUGAACAAAUCAAAGCAGCAAGAACUGGCAGAAGCAGAUUUGGACAAUUCUCGUGCAUCAUAUUUUGGUGAUAAAGGAGAACAGCUGCAGCCAGUACAGCAGGAUUCACAGCCUAGAGGUAAGUUGUUUUCCUGUGCCAAGGGAGUGCAAGGAGAAACUGCUCAGCUGCACUCAGAGCACCUAGUGUUGUCACAUUCUACUGGAAAAGAACAGCGACAUAAAACCUCACAGCUGAAGGCAGAACAGCCAGAGACAUCAUAUUCCACUGGCAAAACAGAACAACAGGAAAUACUGCAACCAAUGUUGGAACAAGGAGAUUCACCAUAUUCCCAGGGAGAAACAGAACAGGAAACUGUACAAAGAGACUCAGAAGGCCCAGAGCCAUCACGUUUCCUUAGUAAAGAGCAGCAACAUGAAAAUGUACAACUAGCUUCAGAAAAUCAGGGUUUCUCAUUUACCACUGGAGAAGUAAUGCAAGAAGGAGUGGAGACAGGAUCUUUGGCAUCCUCUCAUAUGACUGACAGCACAAAGCCCUGGGAAAUGGCACAGAUGGAGCAGGAGCUUCCCCCCUGUUCCACUCCUGGUAGUCAGCAACAAGAAACACCACCACUGGAUAUGGUCCAGCCAGAUAUAUCAUACUCGUCUGGCAGAAAGGAACAACAAAAUAUAGUACAAAGAGAGCUGGAACAGCAGGAAACAGCCCAACAAAAAGCUAUGCAAAUGGAAAUGGAGUAUUCGGAUUUGUCAGAAACUUGGCAGAAAGAAGAGCUACAGGUCAUAGACCAAAUUACUUUGGCACAGCAAGAAAUAGGUGAACCAGAGUUAGUGCAUCCGUCUUUGCCAUAUUCUUCUAGUGAAAAACUACAAGAAGAAAUGCAAACAGAGCCAGCAUAUCAGGAACAGACAUUUUAUGUAAGUACAGAAAUGCAGGAGGAAAUGACACAACACAAAUCAGAGCAACCAUUUCCUUCACAUUUUACUGGCAAAACAGAGCAACAAGAAAUAGUACAUCCAGAGGUGGAACAAACGUUUUUGCCAUCUUCCAGUGGAAAAGAAGCUCCAUUGGAAAUGGAAAUGAGCUCAGAAUAUCUGGAUUUGUCAUACACCUUAAGCAAAGCUGAACAACAAGAAAUAAAGUCAAAACAUCCAACCUUACCAUUUCAUUUGAAGAAACAAGAAACUGCACCACUGGUGAUGGAACAUUCAGAUUUUUCAUGCAACAGUGGUGAACCAAAACCAGGCAACAUCUCAGAGCCUGGGUGGGGACAGUCAGAGCUCUCACACUCCAUGAGAGAAACACAACGAUCAGAACAUUUGGAUUCACCAGGAAGCCUGGGUGAAGAAGUACAAGAUGAAAGAAUGGAAGUAGAAUCUGAAUACCCAAAUUUGUCAUGUUCUGAUAGCCAAAGAAACCAGCAAGAACCUUCACAAGUGGAUUCAAAAUAUCCAGACUUACUAUUUUCCUUUAGUAAAGCCCAGGAACAAGAAGCUCAAGAGUUUGAAUCUAAGCAUCAAGAAUUGCCUGAAGUGGCCAGAAAAAGAGCUUCUCUCACAACAGCACAAAUAGACUCAAAAUAUCCAGAUUUGACACAUUCCCAUGGGAAACCAAAUGAUCCAGAAAUUGCAGCAUGGGAAAUGAAGCAUCCUGAUUUGUCACAUUCCACUGAUGAGACAAGCCAACAAGUAGUACUGUUGGAUCAGAAACAGAGAAAAAUUUCUGUUGGCAAAGAAAAGCAGAAGCAAACCACAAUACAACAGUCAGAGCAAGAAAAGCUAUCACAUACUCCUGGUAAAAUGGAACAAUUAAAACAUGCCCAGAAAGACUUGGAACAGCCAGAUUUAUCGUUUUCCAUUGGCAGGUCAGAUGAUGAAAUAGCAUCACAAGAGGCAGAGCACACUGAUGUGAUAUAUCCCCUGGACAACACAGAGGUACGACAAGGAGUCCAAGAAACAGAGCAAACCUACCCCUUUGGAAAAGCAAAGAAAACAGUUCAGCCAGAAGUGGAAAUUCCACAUUUGGCCCAUUCUGCAGGUUUGGCAAAAGAAGAAGAAUUGGCAGAACCAGGGCAGGGAGGUCGCGACUUGCCUUAUUCCCUUUCCAAAUCAGGAGGACUGCAAACUGCGCAGGUGAAACCUGAACAACCUGUUCCCUCUAUGUGUUCCAUUGACAAAGAGCAGGAAACGACUCAGCUGGGGUUGGAACAGCCAGAUGCAUUCUAUGUUCAUGACAAAACAAAGCAACUCCCACCUGCCCAGCUGGAGCUGGACCAUGCAGACUUGGCAUCCCCUGCUGACACAGUGGGUCUGCGAGGGAUGCAGCAUACAGUCUUGGUAUGCCCUAACAAGGGACAGUUUGUCAGCAGAGCAGAGCAUCCAGGAGCCGCAGAAGAGAAACUAGGAGCCCCAGAUGCAUCAUCUCAUAGUGGGAAAGUGGAGCAAAGAGAAAUGGCAAAACCACAACUGAGGCAUCCUGAUUUACCGUAUUUCAUUGAUAAAACACAAACACAAGAAGCUACACAACUGGUAUUAGGAGAUUCGGAUAUAUCACCUUGGCCAGGCAAAACAGAACAAGCACAAACUGCACAAGAGAAGCAGCCAGGCUUCUUGCAUUCUUUCAAAAAAAGUGGACAAGGCAAGAAAGCACAGCCAGAACUGGGACAUUCACAGUUAUCUUACUCUGUUAGUGAAGCAGAACAAGAAACUGCACACGCAAAAUCAAGCUGUUUAGAUUUAUCUGCUGGCAGAUUAGAACACCAUGAAAUCAUAGAAUCUGAGGCAGAAAUAGUGGAUUUAUCAUGUUCAAUUGAUGAAACACAGCAACAUCGAAUUGCUGAAGUGGAUUUGGAGUAUCCAGAUUUAUUGCAUUCCACUGGCACUGAACAAGAAGAAAAGAUUCAAUCAGAGCAGGACCAGCCAGGUGAUUUUUCAUCAUCUCUGAGCAGAGAAGAGCAAUGGGAAGAUGGAGGAAUGCAGUCAGAGCACCAUGAGCUGCAGUGCCCUAUGGGGAAAACAGAAGGCCUGGAAAAUUCUCAAGCAAGAUCAAAAUAUACAGAUUUAUCAUUCUCUGUUGGCACAGCAGAACCUCAUAAAACGACACAGGCAGAGUUGAAAGGACAUGAUUUGCUGCAGCCUUUUGUCAAAACAAAACCAUCAUGGGCUGCCCCACUGGAGUCUGAACAUCCAGAUAUCUCAGAUGCCACAGAAGUACAGAACCCUGAUUUGUCCUCUUCUGUUAUUGAAGAAAAACAACCUACACAGCUGGAGAUCAGACAGGAGAGGCGAAGCUAUACGUUAUACCCAGGAGAAACAGUACAACUGAAAUUGCAACAGCCAAUGUUUUCAAGUUCUCAUGGCACAGCAGAACAACCGUAUAGGGCCCCACUGGAAGGGGAAUUCCCAGAAUUCUUGUAUUCCUCUGGCAAAGAAGAUCAACAAGAAAUGGCAAAACAAGAAUUGGAGCAUUCAGAUUUAUCAUAUUCCACUUAUAAACAGCAGCAACAAGAAACCACACAACUUGGGUUAGGACAACGAGAGCUGUUAUCUACCCCUGGGAAUACAGAACAACCACAAACUGUUCAAAUGGAAGCAGAGCAUCAGGAGUUGCCACAUUUCACUAGCAAAACAGAACGGCAAGGAACAGGACAAACAGAGCUUGGGCAUCCAUAUUUGUCAUAUUCUAGUGACAAAACAGAGCAGCCAGCAGCUACACAGUGGAAAUCAGAGCAGCCUGUAAGACCCCAUCCCAUUGGACAAACAAAGCAACAAGGUAUGGCACAUCCAGAGUGGGAGCUUUCCAGUUCAUCAUAUUCUAUUUGUGAAACACUGUCACAAGAAGCAACACAAAUGGACUUAGAACAACAAGAUUUAACAUACGCCUUUGGUAAAACAGAUGAAAUCCAAAUUGAGCUAGGUGAACUGGAACAUACAAGUUCAUUGCAUUUUUCUGACAAAAGAGAACAAGAAAUGGUAUCACCAGAGUUGUGGCAUCCACAACUAUCUUGUCCUGUUAGAGGAGCAGAAGAGAAAGCUACACAUCGGAAACCAGACUAUCCAGAUGUGUCCUAUUCUACUGGUCAACAGGAGUGCCAUGAAAUUGAACAACCAAAGGUGGAAGAAAUGGAUAUAUCCUAUCCAGCUGGCAAUUCAGAGCACUUGAAACCUUGCCAAGAAGUACUGCAACAGCAAGAGCUUUUGGAGUCCUUCAGCAAAGUAGAGGAAAAGGGAAUGGCCAAGCCUGGCUUUUUGCAGUCCCUUGGUGAAGAAAAGCAAAAACCAGCUUCACAGCUGGACUUAGUGCAACCAGGUUUAUCACAUUCACUUGCCAAACAAGAAGAACAGAAAACCACACAACCAGGGUUUGUACCUUCUGAUUUUUCGUAUUCCACAGGAAAAUCAGAGCAGUCACAAACAGAAGAGCUAAAAUCAGAAUGUCCAGAUUUCUCAUAUCCUCUUGGCAAGGAGGAAACUCAUGGAAUGAAGCCACCAGAUUUAUUGCACUCUUAUGCCAAAGAAGAGCAACCACAGACUGCCCAGCUGGAACAUCCAGAGACACUGUAUUUCACGGGUAAAACACAGCAGAGGGAUGGGGCCCAAGCUGAACCGCAGAGCAUUAAUUUGCGGUACUCUGUUGUUGAAACAGAGCAACCAGAAAAAACUUCUGUAUCAUAUACCUCUGGCAGCAUUAAGGAGCUUGAAACUGCAAAACUUGACUUUGAGCGAUUGGGUUUAUUAAGUUCUACUGACAAAGUAGAAAAGCAUGAAAUGGCCCUACUGAGAGCAGGACAUUCAGAGAAGCAAGACAGUGGGCUUCCUUCAUUUCUAACUGCUCAGGUGGAAACUGAACAACAAGAUUUCUCCUUUUGCACUGAGGAAGCAAAGAGUCAAAAUAUUCAACUGUAUUCAUCUCUUACUGAACAGACAGUGCCUUUGGGUGUUUCACAUUCUGCCUCUGAAACAAAACCAGAAGGAAGUCCAAAGUCUUCAUCUGUAACUGGAGACCUGUCCCCCAAGCACUUAGAUUUAUCUUACACCCAUUGUAAAAAAGAGCAGUCAGAAACUGCUCAGCCUGAGUCAGGCUUCUUCUUUGUAAGAAAAGAAACAAAGAAUAUAAAAAAUGAACAACAUUUGCCUUUGGCUGCACAGUCAGAGGCUGAACAUGUAAAUUUACCUGCAAUGGAGAGAGAACAGCCUCCACACUACUUCCAUACAUCUAUGCAAUUAGAAUCUGAACAGUUAAAUUUACCAUAUUCUACAGAUAAACCAGAAACUCCAGAAAGUCAAGAUUAUUUAACUGUACCUUCAAAAAUGGAGUCUGGACCUCCAGGUCCAUUUUAUUCAGCUGAUGAAACAUCUCAGCAAGAAAUUCCACCUUAUUCAAAACCAGCCUCUGAGUAUUUGGUUCCCACAUGGUCCCUUGCUGAACAAGAAAAGCAAAGCAUGCAGCCAGUUAUUUCACAGUCUGCACAAUCAGAGUGUAAACAUGUAAUUCCACCACAUGAUGAACAAGAACUGCAGAAAACUCAGCUCUAUUCACCUAAACCAUCAAGCCUGCAGACAGUGCAGUUGGAGAGUACAUCUCUAACACACACACAAGGCCAAGAUGAGCAACAACCUCAAGACAGUUUGUUGGACCCAAAAUAUUUGUCAUCAGAGCAGCUAACAAAUCCCCCUGAAUUCCCUACUGAGCAAGAUAAGCAAGAAAUGCAACCUGAUGUGCAGACAGUGCCAAGGUUGGUGACCAUGAAGUCAAAGGUAACUGCUGUAACAGACCAGCAAGCAGUGUUAUCAGAGUCAUUUGUACCUUUUCAAAAAUUACCUGAAAAGUCAGUAUCAGUGGCUUUCACUGAUGAUGAAGAGAAACAAAAUAUUCCAUCUUUAUCUGAGGUAGUAGGCAUGCUUGGAAAGCAAUCUAACACACUUUCAGGCAUUUAUACUGAAGGAGAGUAUAGACAUGAAACGCAACAAUAUUUUGCAGACCAAAAGCAUGCAUCCUUAGAGUAUCUGGGAGCUGCUUCAUCAGAUCUUGCGAAUGAAACUGUGACACAAAAAACUCAGCGUUAUUAUGAGGGAAGCCUUUCUUCAGCAGAGAGGAAGUCCAUUAGCUCUAGUUCUGAUGAAAAGCAGGAGCCAGAUACUCCGUCCUUUGGUCUAGCUAGCUGGCUGGCAGCAGAGGUGAAGGCUCGCUCAAUUAGUCCAGUAAGAGCUGCAGAAGUAGACAGGAGAGAAGAUCAGCUUUCUCCAAAUGAAACUUCUGAUCUUGGAUUGAAACAAUUCCCAGCUGGAAGUUGCACAGAACUUACAGUUCAUGGUGCUACAAAGAAUACAGGACAUAUGUUUAGAGUUUCUAGUUCUGUGUCAAGUGCAAUUCCCUACAGAAUGUCCUCAGACACUAAUCACAGAACACAGCGGUAUGAUCUACCAUUUCUGGUGGGAGAUAAUCCAGGUCCAGAUAAAGUUCCAGAGCAUGAAACUAGUACUGGGACCCCUGCAAAAAUGGAAGCAAUGGAACAUCCAGAGGUAGACACUGUAUCUGAAGUGCCUGAACAUUACCUGAAAGAAGAGGAAGAAAUGGAGCAAGCAAGUGUUUUAGAAGGCAGGCAGCAUGCUCCAGAGACUACUGAACAAAAAGAUUUGUUUAAUAUCAUUUCAGAAGGUUAUGAAAUACUCAAUAUUCAUGUUCCUACACAUAUUUCUUCUAUUGAUCAAGAAGAAAGUAAAUGCAUGCCAGAUAAACUAGAAUACUUAGAAACAAAUCCUUCAUUUAAAAGAAAAGUGGCUGAUGAUAGCCAUAGAGCCCAAGCUUCUGGGACAACCACAGAAAUUUCAGAAAGUUCAGUAUUGGGAAAACCUGCAAGCCAUGAACCAAAAGAAUUGGUGAAGAAUGAUGAUGUUGAAGGAACUGAAGAAACACAAGAAAAUCCCAUGUUGCCAGAAAACAAUGAUUAUGCAGUGUUGGAUCCUAAUAAUAGUAUGGCUGAUAUGGAUUAUUUUGAAAAAUAUACUUUGAUUGAUGACAAAUCCCCAAUUAAGCCACAUUUUGAAAGGCCAAGGUCAUUGUUUCCUGUGACAGAAGAUCCCAAUGAAGCUGUGGAAGAAACUACGUCUUUUAAAGAAAGCACUGAGGGAGAUACUUUGGAAGAGGAGUUUUCCUUACUUGAGGAUCUGGAUGAAGUCUUCUAUGGUACGGUGAAGGGAGAAAGCAAAAUUCAGUCUUAUGCAGAUGUUUCAAAUCCUUUACCUCUACAGAAAUCAGUUGAUACUAGCACCAAAAGUGCUGCAACUUUAGAAGAUGAACGGAAGUCACCAGGGACCCCGCUCUUUGAUUCAGAAGAAGGAGUGCUAGAAAAAUCUCUGUUGUUCCCUACCACUGUUGCUGCAGUUAAUCCAGAGCUUUUAGAGGAGCCACCUGCUCUGUCAUUUUUAUAUAAGGACCUCUAUGCAGAAGCAGUAGGAGAAAAGACAAAGGAUGAGACUCCCUCUGAUGAGGAAAGUGGUAAUUCUAACGCAUCUUUCCCUAGUAGAAAUUCAGACACAGAUGAUGGAACAGGAAUAUAUUUUGAAAAAUACAUUCUUAAAGAUGAAAUUCCAAGCAAGGCCACAGGGCCUGAAAAAGAUCAGAUGCCAGAGGAUGAAUCCUUUAGUGGAGGAAUUUCAGUUCAGAUUCCUGAGGACAAACACAAACAGGGUCCUGGUAAUUUUGAGCAUGUCAGAACUGAGGUUCUGCCUGAAAUGAGUGUUAUGGAGAGAGGGAACGUCCAGGUUGACAGUGACAUUAAAGCAACAAUUUGCAAACCAAUGCAUGCCAUUCCUUUUGGAAGCAGCGUAGCUCUUUCAGUUGCAAGAACUGACAUGAGUGAACAAAGAGAAGAAAAUGUACCUGUAGAAACAACUGAGGAGCUGCCAGAGCAAUCAAGUCAUCAAGUGUAUGGUCAACCAGCAGAUUAUCAGGGAGCUACAUAUCAAGAAGCUGGUAAUAAGCAGGAACAACAGCACAACGUACCAGCAGUUCCUCAGAUGGAAAAAUAUGUCCCUUUUGUCAGGGCUCCUGUUGAAGACAGUGAACAUGAUCAAUAUACUCAAGAAAAUCUUUCCUGUGUCCCUACCAUUCAGCAAACAGAGAAACCAAACAUUCAGGAAAGAGAGGAGCAGCACCCUGACGUUUAUGAAGAUCUUGCUGAGUCAAUGGACUAUGAUGUAAUUACCCAAGAAGAACUUCUGCAAGAUGAAAUAUCAUCUCAGUUAACACAUGAGGAGCUACUGUUUGAAGACAGGGACUCCUUUGAGCAUGCUGGUGAUAGUUAUGAGUUUGUUGAUGAACCAGAGCAAAGAACACCUGUUGAACUUGAAGAUUCAGGCUUUGUGGUGAUGUACCCUGAAAAAUCAGCAACAAACAUUCCUCAAGUUGAAAGCCCACAAAGAGAACUAAAGAAAGUGCAAGCAGACACAUAUUGUUACCACUGCAAAUGCCCAAUAUCUGCUAUUGACAAGCUUUUUGGAGAACAUAAAGACCAUGAAGUUACAACACUAGAUGAUGCUGCAACCAAGAUGAAGGAUCAGUUAAGUGAAUUGCUGGUAGCACUGGAAGAAAAGUCAAUGAAGAUUGAAGAGUUUGUGGGUGAUAUUGAAUCACUAUUUAACUCUGUUGAGGAAAAUUGUAAGAAAAAUGCAGAGUUAUUAGAAAAGCAGAAUGAAGAGAUGCUUAAGAAAAUGGUAGCACAGUAUGACGAGAAGUCAGAGAACUUUGAGGAAGUGAAGAAGAUGAAAAUGGAGUACUUGUAUGAGCAGAUGGUUAACUUCCAGCAAACUGUUGAUGCAGCAAAGGAAACUUUGGAGACAACAGUAAAAGAAAUGGAAGAGCUAGAUGGAUUUGUUUUCCUCAAUUCAUCUAAAGAAUUAAAUAAAAGGUUACUUUGCGCAAUGGAUACCACCCUCUCCUUAGAAAAGGUGCCCAGUGCUUUUUCACUGUUUGAGCACUACACGGAUAGUCCAGGACAAAGCAACCAGAACUCUUUAAAACAUGUGGCUGCCCCACAGACACCGACUAUCAUACCUCAGGAACCAAACUCGGCCACCAGCACCUCAGUUGCUGUCUACUGGGCUGUGAACGAUGGGGAUGCCAUUGACUGCUUCCAGGUCUACUGUAUGGAGGAGCUGCAAGCCAACAAAGAUGCAGGGGCUUUGGUGGAAGAGUACAGAGUAACAGUGAAGGAGAGCCACUGCAUUUUGGAGGAUCUGGAGCCAGAUCACUGCUACAGUGUGUGGGUCAUGGCUGUGAAUGGCACAGGCUGCAGCUUACCCAGUGAAAAAGCCAUUUUCAAAACAGCGCCCUCAGUCCCCACCAUCAAGGCAGAAGACUGCACCGUGUGCUGGGACACGGCCACUGUCCGCUGGUGCACUGGCUCGGCGUCGGUGGAGUCCUUCACGCUGGAGUACUGCCGACAGCACUCGCCAGAAGGAGAGGGUCUCAGAUCUUUUGCUGGAAUAAAGAGGCCUGAACUGAAAGUAUCCCUGGAGCCCAAUGUGAACUAUUUCUUCUACUUGAGAGCUGUCAACCCAUUUGGAACAAGCGAACAAAGUGAAGCAGCUCUCAUUUCAACUAAAGGAACUCGAUUUCGCCUGCUGAGUAACACAGCCCAUCCGGCUUUGCAAAUCUCCUCUAAUGCAACAGUGAUCCGCCUUCCUGAAAAAGCCAAAUUUACUGGGUUUCCUUCAGUCCUGGGUGAGCUGCUGCCUGCUCAGGGACAUCAUUACUGGGAAAUCAUUGUCUCUGGCUGCAGAAGGUACAGGAUUGGGAUUUCUUACAAGGCAAUAUCGCAGAGCAGCAUCCUGGGGAUGAGUGAUAUUUCUUGGUGCAUGCGGUGCUGUCCUACACAAACCAGCUUUCUUUAUAGAUUUCUUCACAGUGGUGUGAUGAGCGAUGUUCGUGUGACAGAACACCCAGCCAGGAUUGGCAUCCUGUUGGAUUACAGGGGCAGCAGACUGUUAUUCUUCAAUGCAGAGAGAGGACUCGUGCUGUUCACCGUCAGGCACAAAUUCACUGAUGCUGCUCACCCAGCCUUUGCCCUAGAGAAGGCUGGAGUGCUUACUCUGUGCACAGGGAUGGAGCUGCCGGAGUUCGUGAAGCACAGCUAAUCCCCUCCUUCACACUCUCAGGAAAGCUGACACUUAGUGUCAGGGGAGAGGGAAGGGAAGAGAGGUGCCAGGGCGGGAUGUCCAGUCUUCACUGAUGAAUGCUACACACACAGCUCUCCCCAACAUCAUCAGUUAUUGUAGUUAGUGCUCGGCCACAUAAUCACCCUGAGCCUGGCAAGAAAAUCAUGUCCUUCAGAUGGAGAAGCACCUAGUGCUAUACACAGCAGUACUUUUAAGGGGAUAAACAAGUGUUGUUAGAUAUAAGCACGAAGCAGGGGAAAUGUAUUUUCCCUGUGAAAAUAAUGAUACUGCUAGCUGUCUUUUUAAAGUGUAUGAUGAGCCUGUGUAUGAAAUAAAUGCAUUUCUCACUGCAAUA